ACGAGUCCCUGGUAGGAACAUAAUUGUUAGAACAUUUUUCAAAAUAAUGUGUUUCAAAUAUAUUUCGUGCAGUUGUAACCUUUUUCACAUGUAUUUCUAGAUUUUUCUAAGCGUUUCUUUUGCUUAAGAUAACAUACACUGCCUGAAAAGUGUCAGACGAAAUCUCGCUUUUUUCCUUUCACCUGCUCAUUAGCUAGCUAGCGUCGCUAGCCUGGUCAGCUGAAAGAGAUGGCUGCAGUAAUUCUGAGUUUCCCCACACUGUGUGGGCUGAGGAUACUUCCGCGGAAGCUGACAUGGAGCAGAAGAAGCGUGAGGCUAGCUUCAGGAGGAGGAGGAGUAGAAAGGAUCGAAAAGGUGCUGAUUGCCAAUCGGGGAGAGAUUGCGUGCCGUGUGAUGCGUACGGCUAAAAAGAUGGGUGUGCGCUCCGUGGCGGUGUACAGUGAAGCAGACAAAAGCUCCAUGCACGUGGCAAUGGCAGAUGAAGCUUAUCACAUCGGCCCUCCUCCGUCACAACAAAGUUACCUCUCCGUGGAGAAAGUUUUGGAAGUGGCCAAGAAGUCGGGGUCACAUGCAGUUCAUCCUGGUUACGGGUUUCUAUCAGAAAACACAGAGUUUGCAGAGGCGUGUAAACGGGAAGGAAUCAUCUUCAUCGGGCCUCCCUCCUCUGCCAUACGGGACAUGGGCAUUAAGAGCACAUCCAAGCACAUCAUGUCAGCUGCCGGGGUGCCAAUUAUAGGUGGUUAUCACGGAGAGGACCAAUCAAACGAGAGGCUGCUGGCAGAAGCUGCAAAGAUCGGCUUUCCCGUGAUGAUCAAGGCGGUCCGGGGUGGAGGAGGGAAGGGAAUGCGGAUCGCACGCUCAGAAACAGACUUCCUGGAGCAGUUGGAGUCUGCAAGAAGAGAAGCCCGGAAGUCCUUUAAUGAUGAUGUCAUGCUGGUGGAGAAGUUUGUGGAGGAUCCCAGACACGUAGAGGUCCAGGUGUUCGGCGACACGCACGGCAACGCUGUGUACCUGUUUGAGAGGGACUGCAGCGUCCAGAGGAGGCAUCAGAAGAUCAUAGAGGAAGCGCCGGGGCCAGGAAUAAGCCCUGAGGUUCGGAAGAAGCUCGGCGAGGCGGCAGUCAGAGCGGCCAAAGCUGUUAACUACGUUGGUGCAGGUACGGUGGAGUUCAUAGUUGAUGCUCAGCACAACUUCUACUUCAUGGAGAUGAACACCAGGCUGCAGGUGGAGCAUCCAGUCACUGAGAUGAUCACAGGAACUGACCUGGUGGAGUGGCAGCUCAGGGUGGCAGCAGGGGAGCGCCUGCCCCUCCUUCAGGAUGACAUCAUCCUGAGAGGACACUCUUUCGAGGCCCGCAUCUACGCUGAAGAUCCAAACAAUGAGUUCCUUCCAGGGGCGGGGCCCCUGCUGCAUCUGUCCACGCCUCCGGCGGACCGACACACCCGCAUCGAGACCGGAGUCAGAGAAGGAGACGAGGUUUCUGCGCAUUAUGACCCCAUGAUUGCCAAGCUGGUGGUGUGGGGGGAGGACCGCUCUGCUGCCUUAAAGAAACUGCGCUAUUGUUUGCGGCAGUACAAUAUUGUCGGACUGAACACCAACAUAGACUUUCUGCUGAGCCUUUCUGGACAUCCGGAGUUUGAGGCUGGAAACGUGAGCACCAGCUUCAUCCCUCAGCACUACUCCGACCUCUUCCCCACUCCCAGAGCCCCGUCAGGGGCAACCAUCUGCCAGGCCGCCCUGGGCCUCAUCCUGCAGGAGAGGAAACACACGCAGGAGUUCAUAGAAACCUCGACAGAUCCGUUCUCCCCGUUCGGCUGCAGCAGUGGGUGGAGAAGCAACACGGAGUUCAACAGGAACAUGACGCUGCAGAUCAGUGACAAGAAAAUCGACGUGCUCGUCGUUUACAAGAAAGACGGAAGCUACAAAAUGCUUGUUGGCGAGGACGUGUAUGAUGUGACAGGGGAGGUGGAGGAAAGUGGGGGAGCUUCAUUCUUGCAUUGCUCAAUAAACGGAGUGAAGUCUCGUCCCAAACUGGUGAUUUUGGACAGCGCCGUGCACCUGUUCUCCACGGAAGGGAGCUCCCAGGUGUCGGUUCCUGUGCCAAAGUACCUGGCUGGAGUGAGUGGGUCGGGGGCCCAGGGUGGAGCCGUGGCCCCCAUGACUGGAACCAUCGAGAAGGUGCUGGUGAAAGCCGGAGACAAAGUGGAGGUUGGAGACCCACUCAUGGUCAUGAUUGCCAUGAAGAUGGAGCACACGAUCCGCGCGCCCAAAUCCGGCGUGAUAAAGAAGGUCUUCUUCCGCGAGGGCUCUCAGGCUAAUCGCCACGCUGCGCUGGUGGAGCUGGAGGAGGAAGAGGAGGAGGAGGAGGGGAGCAGCCAGUAAAACCCACAGAAACGGCUGGACGAGGAGAUCGGGACGGAGGUCAUCCGCUGGAGUCUAAUGCAUCUGGAGUACUUUUGUUUGUUGCCAGAUUUAUAAAGCUUUGGACGUUUCUCCUACAUAAGUCUCAGAUGAAUUGACCUGACUCUAAAAUAUUGUUCUUCAAAACUGUGACCACUACAUGCACAGACGUGUUUUUUAAUAAGUUUGUCCCAAAAAACAACUCGAGUGUCUGAUUUAGCAUUAAAUAUUCAGUCAUGGUCACAGAUUUAAAAUCUAUCAAUUCUGUUCUUUCACAAGGUUUAUGGAAGGUAAAUAGAAUGUUACAAACACUCCAGAUUCAGGUCUGCUCUGAAUUUUUUGUUUUUUCCCCCCAAUAAGUUCUAGGGCUUCAUUUGGCUAAGAAAAUCAUCUGUACAGGAUUAAAAGUUGGACACAGAGCCUUAAGUGGACAGAUGUUAAAUCACAGCGCCUGAGCCGCCAAUCACCCUCCUCUUUCUCACUGUGUGUGAUAAAGCCUUUUAAUAAUCUAAGAACUUUUACACUAAUGUAGACCUUUGAUCAUUUCCUGGAAUAUUUUGUAAAUGAUGGAAACAAAAGGUCUGUGUGUAACCCUUGUGCUAUCUUAGGCACUUUAAUGUUGGGAGUUGGGUCAUCUAGACCCACUAGACAGUGCGCUGAACCUUUUUUCUUCAAUGAUUUGUGAUCUUCACUUGUGUCCAUGGACUACAUGAAAUCUUUCCACCUUUAUCCACCUUGGUCAUGGUAGGGAGAACACGUCAAUGGUCAUCUUGACCCCAUGGAUAGCACAAGGGUUAAACAGGUGAUACCUGUAGCUGUAUAGCAACUAGAAAAAUAAUAAAUCUUAUUCUGUCUGGUUAUA